AUGGAAGAAUGGGAUGGCGAUGUCUUUACAUGGAAUGCAGGGAAGGAAGACAUCUACACACUUAUUGAGAGCAUCUUGAGACUGCUAAAGAAUGGAUGUAAGGGCAUGGAGAACAUGGUUGUAAAGUAUCUGGGCACUGGGGCUACAGACAGCUUGUACAUGUAUUUCCCUUGGCUCAGAGGAAGAGACUUGGAAUCCAGACUGUCUGUUGAGCAUCAGAUAGACAGAUUCUGGAAGAUCAGGUUCGAGCUCCACGAGGAACGGACCAACUCCAUGGAUAGAUAUGAAGACAUUGUAAGCAGCUUUCUUGCACUCGACACCAAGUGCGGGAUACUUGGAAAGCUGGAAGGACAAAUGGCCCUGGUUGAUGAAAUCAGGAGAAUCUACAGCAUAACGUCCCAGGGGUCACCCAGGAAAAAGAGACUAAGGGAGUACAGAUUACAUGGUACACUGUGCCUCCACCCCGGAGCAGGGAGCAUGAGAUUGUAUGCCUCGUUGUUUAGCCUAGAUGCAACGGUGAAAGAAAUAAUCUUUCCGGAGAUCGAGAUCUUUCCGUCGUCAACGUUUCCCAUUCUUGUGCCUCUGAGAACAGACAGGGGGGUUUCGAGGAUUAUAUACAAGAAAGGGGACGACCUAACCAGGGACUUGUUUGUUCUUGAGACCAUAAGAUAUAUGUCCAGGCUGAUGGGCGUGGAUUUGGUGACAUACAAGGUGAUACCGCUGAGCAGAAAAGAGGGGAUUGUAGAGGUGGUGGAUGGAAUAGACUUCACAAGGAUCAGGAGCAGAAAGGACCUGGAAAUGUAUAUUGAGGAGGACAGAGACCCGAGACACCAGGAAAGCUUUGAAAAGAGAAAGGUGUUUGUGAGCACCCUGUGUGGGUAUUCGGUUGCUUGCUAUGUGAUGGGAAUUGGAGAUAGAAACCCAGGAAAUAUGAUGGUAACAAGAGAUGGGAAGUUUUUUCAUAUUGAUUUCAGCCAUGUGUUUGGCAGGGAUCCAAAGCCCAUCUCCUCCAGAAUAACAAUUGCCAGGCCCAUACGCGACUACCUUGUAAACGAUGAGCUGAUCUACCAGGACUUUCUUGCAAGAUCCGGGGAAGCAUUCCUCCAGAUAAGGAGAUCGUGCCGCAAGAUCUUUGUCCUGUGGUGUAUACUGGCUCAAAACAGGAUCUUUCAGUUUGACCUGAAUGAAAUCAUCCCGUUCGCGCAAGCCCGGCUGAGGAUGGAGAUGUCAGAGCAAAGGGCGCUGGAACUUUUCGAGAAAGAGAUCAGGGGUGCCGUCGGGAGCCUUAAAACGUCAGUAGCACAUCUUAUAAACAGAGUGGGAAUGUUCUUAAGGAGAUAG